AAGACGGAUGAUAUGUCGGGGUUGAAAUAUUUUCUGUUACGAUUUUUGUAUGAUUUUAUUGGCAUCAUUCCGUUUGUGAUUUUGGCUGCUGGUAUAUAUGCAGUGCCACCUUUUGAAAGAGGUUAUUUUGCAGAUGAUCAGUCACUAAAAUAUCCCUACCGUGAUUCUACUGUCCCAAGUAUUUAUCUUCUUACAGUAGCCCCCCUUUUAGCCAUUUUAAUAAUUGUUAUUAUUGAACUUUUGAGAGCUCGUAAUUAUGGCUUUUCUUCUAAAUACAAUGGCGUUUAUCUGGUUGCUUUUUGUUUAUACAAAUUCCUCUUCCUUUUACUUUUUGGAUAUGCUGUCACAGCAUCCUUCGUUCAUGUUGGAAAAAUUGUAGCCGGAGAACUUCGACCGCAUUUCCAUGAUGUUUGUAAUCCCUCUCCGGUAACGACAUCACCUUAUGGCUACGUAACUAAUUUUACCUGUUUGGGUUCUGAUCAAAAACGGAUUAAUGAAAUGAGGUUGUCAUUUCCCUCCGGUCAUAGUGCGUACUCAAUGUAUCCUGCUAUGUUUAUUGCGGUAUAUAUCCACUAUCGGAUGCCAGAUAUUGCCGUUGGAUCAGCACUUCAAGCUUUCAUCCAAGUAUGCGGAAUCACGGCUGCAUUCUACGUUGGGCUGACACGAAUCACGGAUAAUAAGCAUCAUCCCCACGAUGUUUUGGUCGGUUUCAUUAUUGGUGCCGCUGUUGCAAUUUUUACAGUGAGCUUCUACUCUCUUUUAGCCCCGUUUUGUUUAUUCCUACUCCUUUUGAGCGUAUUUUCACAACAUCUAGAAUCUGCUAACCACCUUCCUACUGUACGAUACGCCACUGAUGUCAAAGAAUUUGAUGAAGUCGAGGAGGCUGGUGAGGAGCGUUCAUUGAUUUCCUGGAGCGACUCGAAGGAGGUGAUUAUGUACACCAAGGAAAAGAGUCCCUAG